AUGGCAUUCCCACCUCAGUACCGGGAAACGCCUCCUAGCUUGCCGAGCAUACUGUCCGCUGGUCCAGGACACUACCGUCGUCACCACGACAUGGCGUUCUCAGGAAGUCCUGCAAUCUCGAUACCAGGGCUAGAUACUAAAGACGACGUUCCUCCCCCAUUACCGCCACCUCGCCACCCAUUCCUGGACUCUGCUCAUGCUGAAGACUCCAGCAAGGGGGUUCGAGAAUUGGGGCAUUUCGUGCCGUCAAUUGGCAGUGGUUACGGCAGCAUGUGCUCCUCAGUCGCGGACGAGAGACCUCGUGUCAAAAGAAGGGACACCGCAAGUAGCAACAAUGCCGAUGAGGGCUAUGCCAGCUAUACCGCGGCUGAAAGGAUCCGUGAGUCCCGACCCACCGAGUUUCUGCAUCACAGCAAAUUCCACUUCCAGACAGCUGCCGACCUGCAUGGCGAUAGCAUGAAGAAGAAGUUGGAUCCGAUCCGCACAAUCGAGAGGUCUCCGCGAUCGAUGAACGUCUCGGCCCUGAGCGAGCAAGUCCGACGGCAUGGGGACCCUCGGCUUACAACUCUGAGCAUGCCCGUUCAACUGCCUAUACAUAGCCGUUCCGCGGUCGAUUCGCCAGUCAGGCUUUCUGAUACUGCCGUCUUCUCUGCAGUUUCUCCCAGACGUGCGACAUUUCGGCACUUUGCUGCGGACUCAUGGUUUCCCAAGGACGGGUCGGAUUAUGACCGUUCACCGAGGAGUCGCUCGCACCGGAACAAUAGCGAUGACGCCUCCAUCUACGGCGGGCACGAAUUCUCUGGCGCCGACGACAUGGAAAUUGACGAGGCUACAUCGCCAAAGAGACUUCAAGCCGACGAGGCGUAUGCCAUGACUGGCCACAAAAGAAGAGCCGCCAGUCCGCUGGCUGGCAGUCAUGUGCCUCAAGUCAGCGGUAGCACCGAUGCUCGUCGCCGAGAUUUGGGCUCGCGCGGAUCCCCGACGCUACGCCUAACCGUUGUUCCGCAAGCCUCGUCGGUGUCGUCAAUGUCGUCUGCCGCGAUUUCAAGAUCCAAUUCGUACAUUUCCACCAUGUCCAUAACUCCAUGCAGCGCGACGACAGCGCAGUCUUUCGGCCGUAGAUCACCUAUUCCCAAUUCGCCGGGCGGCAUCUCUCCAUCGUCUUGCAACUCCCCAUAUGCUACGCCUGCAUCUCUUAACCAGAGCCCACGCAACUCCAUAUCAGGCAGGGCCAAUGCGCACGGGCGCACGGUUUCUGGCUCCAGCCCCAGGAAAAUGUCGGAAAUGCAAAAACCAACUGGCUCCAAGGUGCAGCACGUCUACAUGUGCGAAUGCUGCCCCAAGAAGCCGAAAAAAUUCCAGACUGCCGGAGAACUAAGUGCGCACGAGGCGGAAAAGCAGUAUGAAUGCUCGUUCUGCGGCAACCGCUUCAAAAAUAAGAACGAGGCGGAGCGACAUCAAAAUUCACUCCAUGUACGCCGUCAUUCGUGGUCAUGUUCCGCUUUAUCUGGCUAUGACCGAGCAUUCCAUGACUCAACAAGCCAGCCUGGCGAAGCCGAUACGUGUGGCUACUGCGGUAACGAGUUCUCUCGAUCUGGCAAAGGCCCUGGGACUGGAGCCUUGAGCGGAGGCAUCGUGCCAAAGCACGCUACGUAUCAAGACUGGGAUGAGCGAAUUCGACAUCUUCGAGAGGUGCACAAGUUCCGAGAAUGCAACUCAUCCAAGAAAUUUUACAGGGCCGACCACUUUCGACAACAUUUAAAACACAGUCAUGCUGGAUCCAGCGGCAAGUGGACCAACAUGCUCGAAAACGCCUGCAUGCUGGAGGAAGACGCUGCACCCCGAUGA